UCAUAACCAUCCAUCUAUAUUUUCCAUUGUGGGCAUGGGUGGAUUGGGUAAGACCACACUCGCCCAACAUGUAUACCAUGACCCAAAGAUGGAGGAGGCUAAGUUUGAUAUCAGAGCUUGGGUUUGUGUUUCCGAUCAUUUUGAUGUUUUGACAGUGACAAAAACAAUUCUUGAGGCAAUCACUAACUCUAAAGAUGAUAGCGGGAACCUAGAAAUGGUUCAUGGAAGAUUGAAAGACCAAAUAUCAGGAAGGAAAUUUCUUCUUGUUUUAGAUGAUGUUUGGAACGAAGGAGGGGAAGAAUGGGAAGCUGUUCGAACUCCUCUUAGCUACGGGGCUCCAGGAAGUAAAAUUCUUGUCACGGCACGUGCUGAGAAAGUUGCUUCUAACAUGAGGUCAAAAGUGCAUCUCCUGAGGGAAUUACGAGGGGAUGAAUGCUGGAAUAACAAUGAGUGCAAUAUUAAGCAAUUAGGAGGACUCAAUCUUCAUGGAAGUCUAUCAAUUAAGGAGGUUCAAAAUAUUGUGAAUCCUUUGGAUGCAUUAGAAGCAAAUUUGAAAAAUAAACACCUUGUGAACUUGGAAUUGGAAUGGAAGAGGAAGCACAUCCCUGAUGAUCCAUUGAAAGAAAAGAAAGUACUUGAGAAUCUACAACCUUCCAAACACUUAGAACGUUUGUCUAUCGAGAAUUAUGGUGGAACAGAAUUUCCAAGUUGGGUAUUCAAUAAUUCAUUAUCAACUUUGGUGUUCUUAUGUUUGGAGAACUGUAAGUAUUGCCUAUGUUUGCCUCCUCUUGGACUUCUGUCAUCACUAAAGACCCUCAAGAUUAGAGGGUUUCAUGGAAUAGUGAGCAUUGGUGCUGAGUUUUGUGGGAGCAACUCUACUUCGUUUACAUCCUUGGAAAGUUUGGAAAUCGACAACUUGAAGGAAUGGGAAGAGUGGGAAUGUAAAACUACUUUUCCAUGUCUUCGAUAUCUUUUUAUCAAUCGAUGUCCAAAGCUGAAAGGUACUUCAGAGCAACUUCUUAACUUAAAGGAACUAUUUGUUAGUUUACGUGGGUCCCGAAACCUACGAGGAAUUUCAAAUGAGCACACUCAUAAUCAUCUCAAGGAAAUGAAAAUUGAUGAAUGUCCUCAAUUUGAAUCAUUUCCUAGUGAAGGUUUAUCUGCUCCGCAGCUAUGGAAAAUUGAGAUUAAAGGAGCAAGGAAUUUGAAGUUGUUGCCAAAGCGCAUGCAAAUCCUACUUCCCUCUCUUACUGAGUUGCGAAUAACUGAUUGUCCACAAGUGGAGAUGUUUGAAGAAGGAAGUUUGCCAUCAAAUUUAAAAGAGGUGUCUCUUUCAUGUUUCAGACUUAUAGCCUCCCUGAGAGAGGCUUUGGGUGCCGACACUUGUCUUGAAACAUUGUCUAUUGAAGAGGUGGACGUGCAGUGUUUCCCUGAUGAAGGUUUGUUGCCACCCUCUCUUACCUCUCUAGAAAUCUACGAUUGCCCAACUCUCAAAAAGCUGAACUACAAGGGUCUCUCCCACCUCUCCUCUCUCAGACUUUUGGAUGUCCCAACCUGA